AUGUCAUCCCCGCGACAGCUCGGGAAGAAAUCCUCCAAUAAGACAACAGUCCCCAACAUCUCAAGCCCGCGCCGCCUCCUAAUUCUAACUCCCGCACCGCAAUCCCACUCCAUCAUCCCUCCGUUUCUUCACAGCCUAACCGGAGCUGCCGUAACCCAUGCGCAGCAAGCUACGAACGUCGUCCAGCUAGAUGGAAGGGCAGACCCCGCCACAUCGGCGGGAGUAUCAUCCACGUUCGCUGGAUACACUACGCAUUCCCCGCUACAGAUAGCGACAAAAUAUUACACGGCAGAUAUACCAAUAUGGGUCGACGAGCUGCCCUUACCUCCUAUAUCCACACCAUCCCUACCGCAAUCGCAGUCUACCACCGAAGAAUCUAUAUCUCUACUGACAGAACCCCAGCUUCCCCUACAAAACGGUUCCUUAACUUGGAAAUCUGAAUUCCUUUCUGAUGAAGCCCGUGAGGUACGGGAUGUCAUUGGGGCUAUUAUUGUCUGCAUAGAGAAACCAGCCAUAAUACAACCAGUUCCUCGCCCCAAUGGUGGCCCUGACAUUUCUCAAGCUACGGAAAACGGGAAUAUGUGCGUACGGUAUCUUAAAGAGCUGUUGAGCGUUGUUGCGGAGGUCAGGAAUCGGAUUGAAGAGGAACGGGGAGGAGCUGGAGAAGUUCCUGGGUUAGUUGUAUUGGUGGGGAAGAUUGAAGGAGGUAAAAAGGGUGAGGGAAAGGGUAGGAGUGGUGCAGAAGGGCUCGAUAGCUUGGAGAACGGUGACUAUGGUGAUGCACAAGAACAGAUUAUGGAAUUUAGCACUAGGUGGUGGGAAGAACAGCUGUCUGAAAUGGGCCAUUUUGAAUUGGAAGUCGUGACUUGGGAUCCAAAAGAGGAGGAGACGAAGGAGAAGAGGAAUGUGUUUGGAGAACUCGAAGGCAUGGCACGAAUAAGGGAAGUCUUACACACGAAUGAGUGGACCUCAAGUAACCAUGGAGACCUCUCUGCGAACUUCUUACUCGAGUCCGACGAAGAAAGUGGUUUUGAUAAGGAAGUCAGUGAACUAGAACGUGAAAUGUUUGACCUGCGGUUGGCGAUUGAAAAAGGGGGUGAUCACAACGGUGAUAAUGAAGGGGAAGGGGGCAUACGCAACGACAGCGAUGUAGAUGAACGUCAUAUUGAAAACAUGGAUGGGUUGAUGUUGAGGAUGCAGGCUAUUAAAGAUAUGGCUGCGGAAUUACCAGAAGCAGAAAGGAAGGUGUUUGCUGUUAAAGCUAUCAAUGAUAUUAUGAAAGACAUGUGA